AAGAUAUGAAGUAGUUCAGGGAUUAUUAAACGAUGGCGGCAGCUGUUCUCGACAAAAUAGCAAGAAAGUGUCAACAAAUUGAAAGAGCUCAAAGUCAGGGAAAUUGUGGUGAGCGCGAACUUCGUGCGAUAGAUGACUGCUUAAGAAAUGCACAGAGAAUUUCGUAUUUGCUACCUCUUGAGACGUAUGAAGAAUUGAACAGAAAUCUGGAUGAAAUUCGAACAAUGCUGUCAACGCAUUUGCGGAGUGAGGGAACUACAGCUUUUUCCGUUUCUCGAAGGAGCUCAGGUAGCCGAGGUAGACCAGCCAUUCAAAUAACACGUGACCAAAUUGAAUUUUUAAUGAAGCAAGGUCACACAGUCAAGCGAAUGGCAAGAAUGUUAGGGUGCUCAUCCUCAUUUCUGUACAAGAGGUCCAAGCUGCUUGGUGUAUCAAUCAGGAGCAGAAUGUCAGGAGUGGAUGAUGAAGAACUUGAAAAUGUAGUGAGACGACUCCAAUGCCAGUAUCCAAAUACUGGAAAUGAGAUGAUGCGAGCCUUACUGGUUGCAGAAGGAUUGAGGGUUUCCCGGCAUAGGGUUCGUGAGAUGUUGGUCCGUAUCAAUCCAGCGGCUGCUGCAAGGAGAUGGAGUAGCACAGUGGCUAGAAGAGUUUAUCAUGUGCCCUGUCCCAACAGUCUCUGGCACAUUGAUGGCAACAUGCGCCUCAUAAGAUGGGGCUUUGUGAUUCAUGGUGCAAUCGAUGGACAUUCCCGACUAAUCACAUACCUAAAUUGCAACACCAACAACUGUGCCAGUACUGUGCUGUCUCAGUUUAUUCAAGCAACAUGCCUUUACGGUCUGCCCUCUAGGGUAAGGUCAGAUCACGGUGGUGAGAACAUACAAGUGGCCUUGUUUAUGAACCUUGUACAAGGACUUCAGCGCCGGAGUCACAUUACUGGGGAAUCUGUCCACAACCAAAGGAUAGAACCAAUGACCUUCACAAAGUUUCAGCUCAGCAUAGUUUUUCUUCCACAGAUCCAAGGUAGACUACAGCACUUCAAAGAGGCAUGGAAUCACCAUGCUUUGCGGACAGAAAACAAUAAAACACCAACACAGAUAUGGACAGAAGGAAUGCUGUCAAUGAUAGGAACUGACAGCACAGCCAUCAACAAUGUGUUUGGAGACGAUCUCUACAGGCCAGAACAUUUUAAUGAACUCCUGGUUCAACAUGGCAUUGAGUCUUUGCCCACAGCUGAAAAUGAAGAAAUCCCAGCUGUAACUGUUGAUCAGCCUCAAAUUAACCUUACUCCUCAGCAAAUGGAAACGGUUUCCCAUGCUAUUGACCAUAUUGCAGAUUUGAAGCUUAAGUUUCAGGUAUGUUGUGCAGAAAUUGCUAAUGUUUUGGCAAACUAG